AUGACUCCAAUGGAAAGAAUACUUCUUAAUGCCUCCAGUGGCAGAUCUUUACCCGACAAGACUCCCACCGAAAUCCACAACUUAAUCAAGAACAUGGCUGAAGAUUUUAAGCAUUCAACUCAUGAUGAAGAAUGGUACACGGAUGCACCCCGAGGUGUAAAGGAAGUCCAAACUCCUCAAAUUGAAGCUCAAUUGUCCGAGCUUACAAACGUUGUAAUGAUGUUGGCUAAAGACAAGGGUGUGCAACCCACACCUUGCCCUUGUGGUAUAUAUAAUCAAGUAGGGCACCCAACUGACAUGUGCCCUCAACUUCAAGAUGAGGAAUAUGAAGAAGCAAAAGCCAUGGGAGGCUAUUCCAGAUCAAAUCAAAGAGGAUACGAUCAACCACGGGGCAACCAAAGACGGAACAAUAAUCAAGGUUGGGGAGGAAAUCAACAGGGAAGUUAUCACCCAAGUCAACCAAAUCAAUACCAACAAAGACCACCUUUUCCACCACAGAACUUUCAGCCAAGGCAGCCACAACACCCUCCUCAACAAGCAGGUUCAUCAAGCAUGUCCUUAGAGGACAUAGUGAAGAGUUUGGCCACUAGCACCCAAACUUUCCAACAAGAGACAAAAGCAAGUAUAAAGAAUUUGGAGCAACAAGUUUCACAGCUUGCUAUUUUUGUAAGCAAAAUAGAAUCUCAAGGAAAGUUGCCCGCCCAAACAGAAACGAACCCAAGGCACAUCGUGUGUACCAUCACUUUGAGAGGUGGAAAGAGCUACGAUGGUCCAAAAGUGUCGGUUGGUCAAGAAGAAGAAGAAAUAGUGGUAGAAGAGGCAACCAAAAAAGAUAAGAAGGAAGAUAAAAAAACCGAAAAGAAGCCCUUCGUCACUGAGUCUAAAGCCACACCUGCUCCAUUUCCCGAACGAUUAAAGAGCACAAAGAAAGAACGGGAGGAGAGUAAGAUUCUGCAAAUGUUCCAGAAAGUUCACAUUAACAUCACACUCCUCGAGGCCAUCAAGCAGGUACCUAGGUAUGUAAGGUUCCUUAAGGAUCUUUGUGUAUCUAAAAAGAAAUUGAAAGGAAACCAAAUUGUAAAAUUUGGGGAAAAUGUAUCUGCGGUUUUGCAAAAGAGGAUGCCCCCAAAGUGCAAUGAUCCUGGUGUCUUUACCGUGCCAUGCAAAUUGGGGAAUCUUUAUGUACCUUGA